AUGACAUGCAUCAUCGGAUACCGCAGAACAGGGGCUGAUCCCGCAGCAGCAGACGAGAACGAGACGCAAGCCAGCUCGAGCGAGAACCAGCUGGAUGGCACCAGGCUAGGUAUCGAGAUCCCUCUCGCCUGUGCUAAGGAAGGGGGAGGGGGAUGCCUGUACCACUCGCUCGCUGCCUUGUUGGUCACACCGACAAUUCCGUUUUCUACUUAUCUUCUGCUUUCUUUUCUUCUUCUUCUUCUUCUCCUCCUCCUCCUCCCUUUCUCUCUCUUUUCGUCUCGCCGUUCCUUUUCCCUUUCUCUUCCAAGACGAAAAGGGCCUGUCAAUAUCGACGUUCUCGUUUGGUGGACUUGGAAAAACCGUGCGGAGCCCAUCAUCAAAACGAUUCAGGGGCAGACAUGUUUCUUCUCAGCUGACAGUAUAUUUCUUUCCCCCCCAGAGCAGUCAUCGUAUUUUGGUGUCGUCAUCAGUCGUUGUUAG